AUGACGACGAACGGCCGACGGGCCGGGGUGGUGAUGUUGGUCGCGAUGUGGACGGCACUGUUGUGGACGUGCUGUGCCGACGCCGCUGCCACGGCUGAAUCCAACGACUGGCGGCCGUGUCGGGCGGCAGGUCACCGGCGGUACGACGAGGACGUCCACAGGAACAUCGGCCAUGGCGGUCCCGGGUACGAAGACUUUACCGGUGGCAGCAGCGACAACGAUGACGGUGGCGAAACGGGUGGCGAAACGGACGAUUACAACGAUGACGACGAUGGUGGCGGCAGCGAUGAGGGAUACAUCCGGUUGCCGGUAGACGAGAAGCCGAAGCGCGGCGCGGUCAAGCAGUACGAAAAAAAGGCAGACCUACAUCGGCCGGCGGCGCCUGCAUCGUACGCGGCUGACGGUGCCUUGGCAAACGGUAUGAGGGUGGACACGACGCUGCUCCGCGGCGAGACGAUCGAACUUCCCACGUACGUCAACGUUCCCGUCACGUUAAAGUGCCGGUUCCAACCGGUGGACGGCACGGCCGACAAGUUCGAUACCGUGGUCGAGGCCAUGUACCCGGGACACAGGGACGCGCCACCACCCCCGCCCAGCUCUCAUGCGUCCCGCAUACUCAAGCAGCUCAUGGGCUCGGUGGAAGGUUGGCGAGGUGUGACACACAAUUCCGGGCGGUCCGUACGACGGGCUCCGGGAAACCGGUUUGGCCGGCGCGAGUGGCCGGCCAUAGGAGACGACAAGGUCAGCGUUGGUUCUCCCAAGGCGCAGGGAGACGGCAGCUACAACCAGGCGGCCUGGAACAUCAUCGCCCGUCAACGCGCCGCCGAACGUAUGCGACGGAUCCACAACUCCCAUCAAGACUUCUAUUGGCCAGAAUGGUUUCAAGAACAGUCGGCCCGACUAUUGCAGAAACGAAUCGACGGUCAUCCGGUCGUAGUACGAAAACAGUCGGAAAACCAAUUGAUCGAAGACCAAGAAGCCGAACAAGAUGUUUACGACCAUGGAUUCGACGAUCCUCAAGUCGCACAAGUCUACGACCAGCAAGUCGAUGGUCACCAAGCCGAACAAGUCGAUGGACAGCAAGCCGAACAAGUCUUAGAGCAGCUGCAAGUCGACGAUCCGCAAGUCCAACAAGGCUACGACCAGCAAGUCGAUGGCCGGCAAGCCGAACAAGGCUACGACCGCCAAGUAGAACCACAAAUCUACGACUUGCAACAAGUAGAAAAUGUCGACGAUUCACGGCAAAUAGAAAGCGUCGACGACUCGCAGCAAGAAGAAAGAUCCUACGACUCGCAGCAAGAAGAAAGAUCCUACGACUCGCAGCAAGUAGAAAGAUCCGACGACUCGCAGCAAGUAGAAAGAUCCGACGACUCACAGCAAGUAGAAAGAUCCGACGACUCACAGCAAGUAGAAAGAGUCCAGCCGGAACUCGACGGCCGACACGUCGAACGGGUCAAAGACAGAGCUGCUGCAGAAGAGGUUGACGACCGGCGAGUGCAAGGCGGAAGUCUUCCGGUCGACGGCCAUCAACUACAGCGUGACAUGAAGGUGACGACCACGCCCGAAACCACCACCUCAGUCAUUUCAGAUUUCGCAAAGUUCCGCAAAGGCAUACCUGUCAGGACUUAUUUGGAACACGCUUAUACGACGGACUCGGCACAGUAG